AAUACAAAAUAUACGAUAUACUAUACUCUUCUACUUUACACCAUCAUUGCUGUUUUAUUUAUCAACUUUACCUGCAUUGCUGCUACAUUUUGGUGACCCCGAGAGAAAAAUGAUGGAACACAAGCAAGAAGUUAGCGAGCCUACAGAACUCGCUGUCGUCUCCGUGCAGUCGCGUCUCCUUCCCUUCUGGCGUGAAUAUCCUCGCAUGUGGUUCAUUCAAUUCGAAGCCGUCGUCGAGCCGCAGAAGACCAGUGACGAAAACAAAUAUCGUUACGUCCUGGGCCAACUACAACCGACCGACCUUCAACAUGUCACAGACAUCGUGAUCAAGCCGCCAGAAACUAAGAAGUACGAGGCCAUCAAACAACGCCUUCUCUCCGUGUACGAGCAGUCCGAGGUGAAAAACUUUAAGAACCUCAUCAGCGGAUUGGAACUUGGCAACCAAAAACCGUCUCAGUUGCUACGACGUAUGCGCGAACUCGGCGGCAACAUGAUCACCGAAGAUGGCAUCAAGAUUGAGUGGAUGAACCACCUUCCGCCGCAAAUGCGAGUUGUGCUGUCUGUGAACACAGAUUCAUCACUCGAUAUGCUCGCGGCAAUGGCAGACAAGAUGAUGGAAUAUUCCGAGUCGGCAAAUAUCGCAGCUGUCUCUUCAUCUCAACCAGAUUCUGCGGCAGUAAACCAGCAAAUCAUGUCCGCGCAGAUACAAGUUCUCUCAAAACAACUCGAGAAUCUGACACUCGAGAUCUCCGAACUUCGUAGCCGUGGAAGACCAAACCAUCGCCGUUAUCAGCGUUCCCGCUCAAGAUCAAAGUCCACUGCAAGGCAUCAACACGAUCCCAAUCGAGUAUGUUACUACCACUACCGAUUUGGAGAUCAGGCAAGACGCUGCGUGUCACCGUGCGCUAGGCGAAAUCAAAAGAAGUCGGAAAACUAGAAGAGGCACCGACCGUGGCGGACGUCGGUGUAACUACGACAAGUAACCGCCUAUGUGUCUUCGAUCGCAACACGAAUCACCGUUUCCUCGUUGACACCGGUGCGGAUAUCUCCGUCCUAGCCGCCACCCCAAUACAUAAGAAGAAAUGUUCGCCAACAUCAUACAAACUAUACGCCGCGAACAGUUCACCAAUCAAUACCUACGGCGAGAAAGAUCUACAAAUCGACCUAGGCCUCAGAAGACGAUUUCGCUGGUCAUUUGUAGUCGCAGAUGUCAAAACAUCGAUACUCGGAGCUGACUUCCUUCGCCACUUCAAACUCCUCGUCGACUUGCAUCAAAAGAAGCUAAUCGACAAGGUGACACAACUAUCGAUAAACGCCGUAGAAAUCUCGUCGAUGCAACAAGCCGUUUACGUACUUAGCAACAAGCAGACAUAUCAAGACAUACUCAAGCAAUAUCCAGAUCUACUGCGACCUAUGUCCUUGAAAACGCCCGCUAAACACAACGUCGUGCAUCACAUCGAGACUACGGGACAACCUGUCUUCGCCCGUGCUCGCCCCCUGCCGCCCGACAAAUACAAAGCGGCUAAGGACGAAUUCGAACGCAUGAUGGAAAUGGGCAUAUGUCAACCUUCCAAGAGCCCGUGGGCCAGCCCACUCCAUGUGGUAAAGAAGAAAGAUGGCAGUCUACGAGUGUGCGGCGACUACAGACGUCUAAAUUCAGUCACGCUACCAGAUAAAUACCCGAUUCCGCGCAUACAAGACUUCACCUAUCAACUACACAAUAAGAAGAUCUUUUCAAAACUCGACAUGAAAAUGGCCUACUACAAAAUACCAAUAAACAAAGAAGACGCUCAGAAAACGGCAAUCAUCACACCCUUCGGGUUGUUUGAAUUCACCUGCAUGCCGUUUGGCCUACGUAACGCUAGUCAAACUUUCCAACGAUUCAUGCACGAGGUUCUGCGCGGCAUCGAGGGCUGUUUUUCAUACAUCGACGAUAUCUUGUUGUACUCAGAUAACGAACAAGAACACAAGGAAUUACUGCAUCGAGUUCUUGACCGCUUGAACAAAUACGGCGUAUCACUCAACGUAAACAAAUGUGAAUUUGCACAGGCGAAAAUCAAUUUUCUCGGCUAUGAAGUAACAGCGGACGGCAUAAAACCAACCGAAGAACGGAUAAAAGUCAUAUCCAGUUAUCCUCAACCGAAAACUAUCAUCGAGCUUCGUCGUUUCCUGGGCAUGCUGAACUUCUACAGAGAUUGUUUACCAAAUCAAGCCGACAUGCAAAGUGAACUCAACAAAU